GAGUCCCACCUCCUCUGUCUUCAGUGUGUUGCUGUCAUAGCCGGAUCUCCACUAAUCUGGAAAGAUUUCUAGACAAUUUGCUUGGUGAGAGAGCACGAUCCAUAUGACCCACAGAGAAAUGCAGCUGUAGCCUAUUAAAGACAUUGCUUGAUAGCAAAAUAGGAAGCAGAGUAGGUUGCUGCAUCUGACAAGACUGGGGGCAGAUGAGUAAGCAAAUCCAAAGCUGUGCCUAUCUGUGAGUAGACAGUAGCUGCAUUCCUCUGUUUAGAUCUGCACGUUGUUUUGGGUGUGUAUCUAAUUCACAAAACAAGCACAUUUGAGGUGUAAGGGUCUUCUGGUGUGGGGCAACAUGACCUUUGCAGAACUUUUGGAGCAGGUUGGCAGUAUGGGCCGUUUCCAAAUUAUCCAUGUUACGUUACUGGCCCUGCCAUUAUUACUGGCAGCCAGCCACAACAUUCUACAGAACUUUACAGCUGCGACCCCUGGGCACCACUGCCAUAUUGCCAUUGUUCCUAACCACACUUGUGAGGACAACUUUACUGACUUCCUGCAUUGCCAAGAGCUGCUCAGAAUCUCCAUCCCCAUGGACGGGAACCAGCAGCCGGAGAAGUGUCUUCGAUUCAUCUCUACCCAGUGGCAUCUCCUAGACUCAAAUACCACAACCACCAAUGGGACCAAAAUGGACACUGAGCCCUGUAUGGAUGGAUGGAUCUAUGACAGGAGUGUUUUCACCUCCACCAUCAUCACCGAGUGGGAUCUGGUGUGUGGCUCACGGACGUUGAAACAGAUGGCUCAGUCGAUCUAUAUGGCGGGAGUGCUGGUGGGAGCAAUUGUGUUUGGAAGUCUUGCUGACAAGUUUGGACGGAAGUCACUCUUGAUCUGGUCCUAUCUGCAAAUCGCCAUCACUGGCUCCUGUGUAGCCUUCUCAUCUAACUUCACCAUGUACUGCAUUUUCCGCUUCCUGACUGGAAUGGCUCAGUCAGGGAUCGGCCUCAACUGUGUGUCCCUCUCUGUGGAGUGGACCCCCACCAGACUCCGAGCAACAGUUGGCAUAGUGAUAGGAUAUAGCUACAGCAUUGGGCAGUUUCUUCUGGCGGGGGUGGCCUAUGCCAUCCCGGAUUGGCGCUGGUUGCAGCUAGCUGUUUCAGUGCCUUAUUUCAUCUUCUUCUUCUAUGGCUGGUGGUUCACGGAGUCAGCCCGCUGGCUUGCAACCGCUGGCAAACUGAACCAGGCAUUGAAGGAACUGCAGAAAGUGGCACGAAUAAAUGGGCGAAAGGAAGAAGGGAACAAACUCAGCAUAGAGGACUUGAGAGCGAGUCUGCAGAAAGAAAUGUCCUCAGCCAAGUCCACCCACACAGCUGCUGAUCUGGUGCACACACCAUCUGUACGCAGGAUAUCCUGCUGCCUGUGCUUUGUAUGGUUCUCCACCAGCUUUGCCUAUUACGGGCUGAUCAUGGACUUGCAGAAUUUUGGGGUCAGCAUUUACCUCAUCCAGGUGAUAUACGGCGCUGUCGACAUCCCUGCAAAGCUGAUUGGUUUCUUCAUGAUCAGUUUUAUUGGCCGGAGAGUCACCCAGGCAUCUGCUCUCAUCCUAGCAGGGAUUGCGAUCCUGGCCAACAUACAUGUGCCCCAAGAUCUGCAGAUCUUACGCGCUCUCUUGGCUGUGUUUGGAAAAGGCUGCCUGGCUGCCUCAUUCAACUGCGCCGCGCUCUAUACAGGAGAGCUCUACCCCACGGUGAUUAGACAGACCGGAACAGGGUUUGUGAACACCCUGGCGCGGGUGGGCGGCAUAGUGGCUCCGCUUGUCAGAAUGACCAGCGAGUUCUUGCCGUCCCUGCCUCUGAUCAUCUAUGGAGCUGCCCCUAUUGUAUCCGGCAUCGCCGCCUGCUUCCUACCUGAGACCCGUAACAUGCCAUUGCCGGACACCAUAGAAGAUGUCGAGAGUCAGAGAAGACCCAAAGUGAUUAGAGAUGUAGGACGGAAAGACAAACUUCCGCUGAGAGCCUGCAGAUUGGAACCACUCAAGGAAAUUAUGUAAGAAGUGAAACUAAAGAGACCCUAGGUCCUGAUACCAAUUAGUGUGAUUAAAAUCAAACAUGCCCUUGUGUUUUACCAACUCAGGGUCAGAGAAAGCUUCUGUGGAAAGGGUAUUCAUGGGACAUUAUACCAGCUUUUGUAUCCAUUUUCAGAGAGGCUAA